CUCGGUUGUGUUUACAGCAAAGAUGGCCGCCCUGCUAGCCGCUAGCCGCUUUAGCUCGCAGCGGGUCCGCAAAAUGACCAAACUGUGAAGACGCCACCGUCUCUGAGACAACUCUUCCCUGGACGAGCUUCCCCGAAUAAUCUCUAAAAUGCAACUGAGGCAUUUAAAGACGCUGUUAACGCCCCAGGAGGGUGCGGCCAAGGUGACGUGCAUGGCCUGGGCGCCGAACAGCACCAAGUUCGCCGUGUGCACAGUGGACCGGGUGGUGCUGCUGUACGACGAGCAGGGAGAGAGGAGAGACAAGUUCUCCACCAAGCCCCUGGACUCCAAGUACGGGAAACAAAGCUACGUCGUCAACGACAUGGCGUUUUCACCGGACUCCACCAAAAUCGCCAUCGGCCAGUCGGACAACAUCAUCUUCGUCUACAGAAUCGGAGAGGAUUGGGGCGACAAGAAAGUCAUUUGCAACAAGUUUGUUCAGACGAGUGCCGUGACUCACCUGCUGUGGCUUGAAGAACACUCGAUUGUUUACGGUUUAAUUGAUGGCAAGAUCCGUCUCGCCAACACUCAGACAAACAAGUCAGCCACCAUCUACGGCACCGAGUCCUGCGUCGUCUCCCUGACGUCCAAUGCUUCUGGUAAAGGCAUCCUGUCGGGCCAUGCCGACGGGACGGUCGUGCGUUAUUUCUUCGUCGAUGAAGGCUCAGGGGAUUCUCAGGGCAAGCUGUUGGUGCACCCGUGCCCGCCCUACGCGCUGGCCUGGGGCGCCAACAGCAUCCUGGUGGGCGGCUGCGACAAGAAGGUGGUGGCCUACGGCAGAGAGGGUCGCGUCCUGCAGACUUUCGACUACAGCCGCGACCGGACGGAGCGGGAGCUCACCGUGGCGACCACCAGCCCCAGCGGGCAGUCGGUCGUGAUCGGCAGCUACAACCGGUUGCGGGUGUUCAACUGGGCUCCGAGGAGAAGCGUGUGGGACGAAGCCAAACCCAAAGAGAUUCUCAACCUCUACACCGUCACCAGCUUGUGCUGGAAGAAAGACGGCUCACGACUCUGUGCUGGAACACUGUGUGGAGGAGUGGAACUUUUUGAUUGCUGCCUGCGACGGGCCAUCUACAAGAACAAGUUUGAGAUGACCUACGUUGGCCUGAGCCAGGUGAUCGUGAAGAAUCUCUCCACGGGAACCCGCGUGGUGCUGAAGUCCUACUACGGUUACGAGAUAGAAGAAGUGAAGAUCUUGGGGAAGGAUCGCUACCUGGUGGCCCACACCUCGGACACUCUCCUGCUUGGGGACCUGCUGUCGAAUAAACUGAGCGAGGUGCGGUGGCCCGGUUCCGGGGGAAAUGAGAAGUUCUUCUUUGAAAAUGAAACGGCGUGCAUGAUUUUCAAUGCGGGCGAGCUGAGUCUGGUGGAGUACAGCAACAACGAGAUCCUGGGACCGGUCAGAACCGAGUUCAUGAGUCCUCAUCUCAUCAGUGUCCGACUAAAUGAGCGGAAGCAGAGGGGAGUCAAAGACAACAAGAAGCUCGCUUACCUGGUCGACAUGAAGACCAUAACUAUUGUGGACUUGGCCGGAGGCUGCAAUCUGGGAACCAUCAGCCACGACUCCAAGAUCGACUGGCUGGAGCUUAAUGAAACCGGACGCAAACUGCUGUUCAGGGACAAGAAGCUGCGGCUCCACCUGUACGACGUGGAGUCCAGCCUGAAGACCACGGUGCUGAGCUUCUGCUCCUUCGUCCAGUGGGUGCCCGGCAGCGACGUGGUGGUCGCCCAGAACCGCGGCAACCUCUGCAUCUGGUACAGCAUCGACAGCCCGGAGAGCAUCACCAUGUUCCCCAUCAAGGGCGACAUCGUGGACCUGGAGCGAGUCGACGGGAAGACGGACGUGAUCGUGACGGAGGGCGUCAACACGGUGACGUACACGCUGGACGAAGGCCUCAUCGAGUUCGGCACGGCCGUGGAUGACGGAGACUACGACAGAGCCACAGCUUUCCUGGAGACGCUGGAGAUGUCAACAGAGACCGAGGCCAUGUGGAAGACGCUCAGCAAGCUGGUUCUGGAGGCUCGGCAGCUACACAUCGCAGAGAGGUGUUUCGCUGCGUUGGGGGACGUCUCCACAGUUCGUUUCCUCCACCAAACGAACCAGAUUGCCGACAAAGUGUCCGACGAAAUGGGAGGAGAUGGGACAAAGUUCUACCAGGUCAAAGCCCAAAUGGCCAUGUUGGAUAAAAACUUCAAAGCGGCCGAGAUGCACUACACGGAGCAGAAUGCCAUCGACGAAGCCAUCGAGAUGUACCAGGAGCUGCACAUGUGGGACGACUGCAUCGCUGUGGCUGAAGCCAAGGGCCACCCGGAGCUGGACGCCCUUCGCGGGAACUACUACCAGUGGCUGACGGAGACGGGUCAGGACGAGAAGGCGGGCGAGGUGAAGGAGAACCAGGGCGACUUCCAGGGGGCCAUCAACCUCUACCUGAAGGCCGGGCUGCCGGCCAAGGCCGCCCGCCUGGCCAUCAGCCGGCCGGAGAUCACCAACAACAGCGACACGGUCGGCCGCAUCGCCGCCAAUCUCAUCAAGGGGGAGUUCUAUGAGAGGGCCGGAGAUCUGUACGAGAAGAUCCGGAACAACCAGAGAGCCUUGGAGUGUUACUGCAAGGGAGGAGCCUUCAGGAAAGCGGUGGAGCUGGCUCGUCUCGCCUUCCCCGCCGAGGUGGUGAAGCUGGAGGAGGCCUGGGGAGACUACCUGGUCCAGCAGAAACAGAUGGACGCCGCCAUCAACCACUUCAUUGAAGCCGGCUGCUCCCUGAAAGCCAUCGAGGCGGCCAUCGCGGCCCGUCAGUGGAAGAAAGCCGUCCCCAUCCUGGAGUCGCAGGAGGGUUUGGCGGCGGGGAAGUACUACGUGAAGAUCGCUCAGUACUACGCCAACAUACAGGAAUACGAGGUGGCAGAGCAGCUGUAUGUGAAAGGAGGUCACAUAAAAGAUGCUAUAGACAUGUACACCACGGCAGGACGCUGGGAGGAGGCUCAUAAGCUGGCUGUGGAGUGUAUGACGGAGGAGGAAGUCAUGGCUCUGUACAUCAGCAGAGCUCAGGAGCUGGAGGGAGACGGGAAGUUCAAAGAGGCCGAGAGGCUGUUUGCCACGGUGAAGCAGCCCGACCUCGCCAUCACCAUGUACAAGAAGAACCGCAUGUUCGACGACGUCAUCCGCAUGGUGGCCAAACACCACCCCGACCUGCUGAGCGAGACCCACCUCCACCUGGCCAAGGAGCUGGAAGCCGAGUCCAGGUUCUCGGAGGCCGAGUACCACUUCAUGGAGGCCGAGGACCUGAAAGCUGCCGUCAACAUGUACAGAGUCAAUAAUAUGUGGGAGGACGCGUACAGGGUUGCAAAGAGCCACGGAAGCACUGGCGUCCAGAAGCAGGUGGCCUACCUGUGGGCCCGGAGUCUGGGCGGCGAGGCGGCCGUCAAGCUGCUCAACAAGUUCGGCUUCCUGGAGAACGCCAUUGAGUCCGCUCUGAACAACUUUUCGUUUGACUUUGCCUUCGAUUUGGCCCGUCUGUCGUGUAAGGAGAAGAUUCCCGAGAUCCACCUCAAACACGCCAUGUACCUGGAAGACGAGGGAAAGUUCCCUGAGGCCGAGGUUGAGUUCAUCAAAGCAGGAAAACCCAAGGAAGCUGUGUUCAUGUACGUCCACAACAAGGACUGGGCCAGUGCGCAGCGGGUGGCCGAGGGCUACGAUCCAGACAGCGUGUCCGAGGUUCUGGUCGGCCAGGCCAAGUUCUGCUUUGAGCAGAAGGAUUUCCAGAAGGCUGAAGCCUUCCUGCUCCGAGCCCAGAGACCCGAGCUGGCUGUCAAAUACUACAAGGAUGCGGACAUGUGGAGCGACGCCAUGCGGAUCUGUAAGGAGUAUCUCCCCAACAAGCUCUCCAUGCUGCAGGAGGAGUACGAGAAGGAGACGUCCAAAAAGGGAAUCCGGGGCGUGGAGGGUCUGCUGGAACAGGCCAGAGAGUGGGAGCAGUCGGGCGAGUACUCCCGGGCCGUGGAGUGGUACCUGAAGGUGAAGGACGACUCCAACGUGGUCCUGAUGGAGAAGUGCUGGAUGAAGGCGGCAGAGUUGGCCAUCAAGUUCCUGAGCGGAGACCGUGCAGUGGAGGUGACUCAGGUGGUCGGACCACGACUCACACACCUGGGGAAGUACAACGCUGCCGCGGAGCUCUACCUGACCAUGGACCUCAUCAAAGAGGCGAUCGACGUCUUCAUCGAGGGCGAGGAGUGGAACAAGGCCAAGAGGGUCGCCAAGGAGCUGAAGCCCAGGUACGAGGACUACGUGGACCAGAAAUACAAAGAGCAUCUGAAGAAUCAAGGCAAAGUGGACUCUCUGGUGGGCGUGGACGUCAUGGCGGCUCUGGACAUGUACGCAGAACGAGGCCAGUGGCAGAAGUGUCUGGAUACGGCGUCCAAACAGAACUUCAAGAUCCUGCACAAGUACGUGGCUCUGUACGCCACACGCCUCAUCAAGGAGGAGGAGGCUCUGAAGGCGCUGCAGCUCUACAUCCAGCACGGAGCGCCGCCCAACAUGCAGAACUUUAACAUCUACAAGCGUCUGUUCCUGGACCUGAUCAACGUCCCCGACACCGACGGGCCGGAGUCGUACCGCAUGUGGGCCGACCUGCGCAACUUCCUGCUGCAGCUGUGCGAGGGCGUGUCCAAGUCGGCCGAGGCCAACUCGCCGGCGCACGAGGACUUCGAGCAGAUGCUGCUGGUCGCUCACUACUACGCCACGCGGUCCGCCACCAGAGGAGUCGAGCCGCUGGUCAGCGUCGCCGCCAAGCUGUCGGUGUCUCUGCUGCGUCACACCGAGCUCGUCCCCGCCGACAAGGCUUUCUACGAGGCCGGGCUCGCCUGCAAGGCUGUCGGCUGGAAUAACAUGGCCUUCAUCUUCCUCAACCACUUCCUGGAUCUCUGCGAUGCCGUUGACGAGGGGACGCUGGACGCCCUGGACCACACCGACUUCCUGGACACUGACAUCCCCUUCGAAGUUCCGAUUCCCACAAAACUCUGUGUCACCGAUGCCCAGCGGGAGCAGAUCCGUGACUGGGUGCUGAUGGUGUCCAUGGACCACCGGUUGGAGCAGGUUCUGCCCCAAGAUGAGAGGAACUCAUACGAAGCCUCGCUGGUCGCCGCCAACACCGGCCUGCGCUCGCUGCCGUGUGUCCUCACCGGUUACCCCGUGCUGAGGAACAAGAUCGAGUUCUCCGCUGUGGGCAAAAUGGCGAACGCGGAAGACUGGAACAAAUUCCUCAUGGCCACGAAGACCACUCACAGUCCGGAGUGUCGGGACGUCCUGGACUUCAUCAGUCAGUGGUGCUGCGGCGGUCAGCCGGCGUCCGGAUUCUCCUUCCACUGACUCAGACCGGUCUGGAUUCUCUCUUCCACCUCUGAUGCAACAUCUGAAAGGUCCAGUUCUUCAUCCCUCUGUUCCCCUCCUCCUCCUCCUCCUCCUCCUCCUCUUUUCUCUCGACACAUUCGAGGGCUUGUCACCGACACAGACUCUUUGUGCUGAAAUCUCCAGGAUUUUUAGAAAAACUACAGACACACAACUUAUUUAUUUAUUCGUUUUCAUUUUUAUUUUUAUUUUUUUUGGUAAAUUUUGUCUACCGGGACUUUAAUCAUUCUUUUCUUGUCACACGUUCCUCCGCCCGUCGUUCCCUCCCAUCAGAAGAACUUCCUCUCUCUCAGGAUGACGUCGCUGAAUCAAAAAAAAUAAAUAAAAAAGCCAAAGGUCACUGUCAGAUUUUUAACAAAAAGACUUUUUACUACUCAUAAAGACUUUAUUCUAAUAAAUCAAUAAGUCUGCACUGACGGUCAGACGGACUAUUUAAUUGUGUACGUGUGCUUCAGAUGCCGGCGUCUCCCCGGCGACGCCUUCAUCGUGUGUUUGAUAUUGAACGAGAUUUUUUGUUUGCUGAAGUUCAAAUAAAAGAUUGUUUUCACA